AUGGGUUCGAAUGCGAGUAUCAUGCUUCAACAAGAAGAUUUACAGAAUAUUUGUCAACAGACAGGUUUUACUGGUAAACAAGUUCAACGGUUAUAUAGUCGUUUUAAGUUAUUAGAUAAACGUGAUUGUGGAUAUUUAACACGAGAAGAUCUAUUAAUUAUACCUGAAGUAAAUAUUAAUCCAUUAGGUGAACGUUUAAUUGAUGUUAUUAUGGAAGAUUAUGGUGAAAAUAAUCAAAUAAAUUUUAAACAAUUUAUGUAUUUACUUGCAAAAUUUCGUCAAGGUAAAAUCAAAUCAUCAAUAACAAAUUAUAAUACACGAGAAAGUAAAUUAAGAUUUUUAUUUGAUAUGUAUGAUCGUAAUCAUGAUAUGAAAAUUGAUCGAACUGAAUUGCUUGAUGUUUUGAAAAUGAUGGUUGGAGGAAAUAUUCAUGAAGAUCAAAUUGCGACAAUUGCUGAUCAUACAAUUGGAGAACUGGAUAAAGAUGGGGAUAAAUCAAUAACAUUUGAAGAAUUUUGUAAAACACUCGAACGUAUUGAUGCUGACGAUAAAAUGAGCAUGAAAUUUUUAAGCUAA